GGACAAACUUUUGUAGGCAAGUUCACAUGUUUCUUCUUGAGUGUGUUGACUAUUCUUCAAAAUAGUCUUCCUUUCCGUCUCUCUCUAUAUAUGUCUUUUCUACAUCAUGUCCAACCAUUCUCAACUAGCUUCCAAGAGAAAUGGGUUCAAUCUCCAUCUCCAUCUUCGUCUUUUUCUGUGCUUCAAUCUUAUUUUUAUAUUUGCAAAAUUACAAUUAUGUGACAGCCGCUUCUGUUCCGGUGAUCAGAACCAAUAGGGAAGCUUCGAAGGUAAUCAUUGGUGGUGAUCACUCUUAUCGUUCUCCUUCUCCUAAACUCACUAAAGGUUGUUCACUGCCUCCACCACCACCGCCAUCAUGUAAUCCUAUAAGCCCCCGAGUUCUAAAAGCCACCAAAGCAAUUAAAACAUUCGCAUCUAAAAUAGAAUGUGAUCCCGUAGGCUAUACAGAGACAUGGAAGGGAGACGAUGCCUGUAAGUACAAGGGCUUUGUCUGCGCAGAACAUCCCGACGACAAUCUGCUAGCAGUUGCCGGUGUAGACUUCAAUGGCGCUAAUUUCAACGGUCGUGAUCUUACCCUCGAAGGGUUUAUCGACGAGCUGGAAGACAUCACCAUUUUCCACGCCAACUCUAACAACUUCACGGGUAAAAUCCCCUCCAAAAUAGCCCAAUUCAGGUUCCUCUACGAGCUCGACCUCAGCAACAACAGGCUAAUAGGUGAUUUCCCACUAGAAGUCCUCGGUGCCAAGAAUCUCACAUUCUUGGACCUUCGGUUCAACAAUUUUUCGGGCAAAGUUCCACCAGGCUUGUUCAACCUCGACGUCGACGUGCUUUUCAUCAACAACAACAACUUAGAGCAGCCACUCCCCGAUAAUCUCGGCUCCACACCAGCUCUGUACCUCACUUUCGCCAACAACAUGUUCACCGGUCCAAUCCCCAAAAGCAUUCGCGGAGCUUCGGAGACUCUCAUAGAGGUUCUCUUCCUCAACAACCGGCUCUCCGGUUGUUUGCCAAUGGAGAUUGGAUACUUAAAAAAAGCGACCCUUUUUGAUGCGAGCAAUAACCAGUUAACCGGUCCUAUACCUCGCUCUUUUGCAUGCUUGGCAAAGAUUGAGCUUCUCAACUUCAACAACAACAAGUUGUUUGGAGCGGUUCCAGAGGACGUCUGUAAGCUGCCUAAUUUGGAAAAGCUGUCUUUGGCGAACAACUAUUUCACUCAGGUUGGUCCGGCAUGCCGGAACUUGAUCGAGAGGAAGAUAUUGGAUGUGACGUCGAAUUGCAUUUUGGAUCUUCCUUAUCAGAAACCAAAGGCUGAAUGUGCUCGUUUCUUUUCGAAGCCUAGCCUCUGUAUCAACCAUCAGGUUUUGACUUAUAUUCCUUGUCGUCUGCCAUGGGUUUCGAAAUGGAAGUCUGACAGUAGGAGACCAGCACUUACUCCGGCUGUUUCAGCUUCACCGCCGGUAUCAUAUCGAGCUCAUUCACCAGAUGGGUUAUGAUUUUAAUGCAGUGUGUUAUCUGUCACCGUCUGGUUAAGUACUACUACUGUAUCUGAAGUAAAUGUAGACAAAUCCGUCUAUGGUGAAAGUAAAAAUUUAAAAAUUUAUCUCUUUGUGAUUGAUAAAAAUUCUCCUUGGAAAAUUGUGGAUAUAGAACGAUUAUAUGUCCCCGGGCAUAAAUGUGUACGUCUAUAAAGUGUGAAUAUUUCACUGUUUUCUGAAGCAUUAAUAUUGUAAUCUAGCUUAGAGAUCUAAGCAAAUUAAAAAAAAAUAGAAUAAAGAUAAUUUUAUUAGAAUA